AUGAGAUCGAGAAGACAGGCGGAAUCACUUUGCUGGCUCAAUGGAAUGAUAUUGAAGAAUGGGCUGAAAAGCUCCACCGUGAGAUGCCAACGCGAUGACGACUGGACGGGUCCUCCAUCAAAAUACAAGUCUUAUGAUGAGUUUGUCCUAGCCGAAGGAGAAUCAAUGGAUAUGUCUUACGAGCCAAAAAUACAAGAAGUGGUAGCGCCAAAAAGCACUCCCGGAGAUGGGCGAAAUGAGCCGUCGUGUGCAAAAAUCAAUCCUCCCAUGGUCCCCGAUGAUCAGAAGAAAGAAUGUGUUAUAGUCCAUCUCGUACAUCGCCCUAAGUGCAAGAGUGUGGCUGAUACUGUUGACUUUUUGAAUCAAGUGAUGAGAGACGAGGGCUUUGUUGAUCAACAAACAACAAAGGCCAUCGUCAGCUAUCGCAGCGAACAGAGAACUGUUGUUUUAGAGAUGCUCAACAUUGAGUUGCAGAAGAAGAUAUGCUGGCUAAAUGCAAUUCCGUGGUCUAACUUUGGUAUCAUCAGAAUUUCGGGGCCCGACUGGUCAAUCAAGCCACAGUACAAUAGCUGGGCAGUGUUCAAGGCUCAAGGAGAUCGGUGCUUGAUCCGGGUGUAUCUGCGCAAUCCACCAAACUGGUACAAAGAUCAUGACCUUGUGCAAUUCUUCAACUCUGCAAUGUGGCGAUUCGGUCUGGCCCGAAAAGACGAGCUCGGGGUACUCAGAUUCCAAUUUCUCACUCCAAAUGUUGGUUCAUUCGAAGUUCCAAACGGGGCAAUGCAAGAAAAACUCCUUUAUUUGAAUGGUAUUGGAGGAUGCACGGAGGAUCCAAAUUACCGUUUCCAUCUUGAGCCUCAUCAAAGCUACGUCGGUCCUGCUCCAAAGUAUAAAUGGUUCAGCGAGUUCCUGAAGAAUUUCGAGAUCCAGAACCCGUCUCCUUCCCGAUCAGCUUACCAGUUCGAAAGAAGCGGGCGUGAUGCAACCCGGGACCCAAGCUGUGAUGAUCAAGCACAAGGAUCGCCUUUUUCGAAAUCGAAUGAUCGCAGCUACCCGAACUUGCACCUUCCGAUUGCUGCAUCGCCUAAUCGCAGCAAAGACCAUCACGUUCCAACUUUUGUUGAGAGCGACAGAGGGAGGAAGCAACUGUUUGAUGAGGCAGCACACAGGUCGUUGGGUUCCAACUCUAGAAAUCAGCUUGCGUCUCAAGUGAAAGAUGAAAAUGCGCAACUCAGGAAACAAGUAGCCGAUCUACAGAAAUCCAAUGGCGACUUGAAGAAGAGUAUCUUAGAUUCAACGCAUGCAGCAAACGGCUUCCGAUCCUUGCUCAGCGAAGUAAAGGAAAAGCUAGCAACGACCACAUGGCAACUGGAUGCUGUACAUCAAAGCUGGCAAGAGCAGACACAAGUUAUCGCCAGCAAAGAUGCCGAGCUUGCAGAAUUGCAAGGUCGCGUCGACAAACUUUCGGAAUGCGCUGACCAAAGUGACAAGGAAUUGGCUGCUAAAUCGCAGGCACUUCUGAUCGAAACGACAAAGCGCCAGAAGGCCGAGAAAAUUGUGGGUCUGAUUCUGACGGGAAACAGGAAGAAACAGGCAAGAAUUAAUUCUGCCAUGGCCGCUUUGAAUCGACCUAAAUCAACAAAGAAGGAGGAGAUUAGUCAUGUGGGAGGAUAG